AUGCCAUCUAUUGAACAACAGACCAGUCCAACCCUCCAAACCGAUUCACAACAGACGGGGCAAGCCCCGACCUUUAACCGCACCGAAAAAUAUGGCUUAUUUCCGCUUCACCCGUCAGUCUCUGCCCCUGGCGAUGUCGAGGAUCAGGAAACAAAUUCCUUGGAUAUUGUAGCAGUUCACGGGAUAAUGGGAGACGCCUAUGACACGUGGACUCACGACAAUGGAAACUUUUGGCUCCGAGAUCUUAUACCGAAAGACUUGCCAGGCGCUCGAGUCUUUUCAUAUGGAUACCCCGCAUCAGUGUUUUGCACAUUUAGUACAGGGACUCUCGAUGAAUAUGCCAGAGAUCUAUUGGAGAAAUUGAAGGGAGAGCGCAGGAAGAAAGAGGAUCAAACGCGCCCAGUGAUAUUCGCCUGCCACAGUAUGGGGGGACUCGUGGUCAAGAAAGCACUCGUCAUUGCCAAGAUUGAAGAUGAAUUGUUCGAUCCUAUCCGAAAAUCUGUAGCCGGUAUCCUCUUCCUCGGCACACCUCACCGUGGAUCGUCUGAAACUCAGUUCCCGAUGAUAUUGACGAGCAUAGCUAAUUUAGCAUUGCGUGGAACGUCGCGGUUUACUGGAGCUAUGAGAUCAGAUCUCAUUGAAGGUCUUAAGAAAGACUCUAAGAGCCUUAAGGAAAUUUCAACCAGCUUCAGAAAUCAGACGCGAAAUAUGAAGAUCGCCUCUUUUAUUGAGCAGAGUUGCACCCCACCUGCAAAGUCAAGGGUAUGUUAUUCCUCCAGCGAGUCAAUUGGCCCGGGUUAA